CUUAAAUUCUUUUCAGAUAACGGAAGAUUUCCUGGCAACAUAUCAUGCUAACUAUGGCUUCAAUGCAGAUGAUACAGACAGUUCAUCCGCUUCUGGCACAGCAACUGAAAGUAAGCUACCAGUAAGUUCUAAGACAUCAGGAACACAACCAUCAGCGAAUGAGAAGGGACCACAGCAAACUGAUCCAAAACAAAAAGCAGAAAAACGGAAGCUUGAAGCAGGUUGGUUUCAUGUUGAAGAAGACAGAAACACAAAUGUUUAUGUGACUGGUUUACCUCCAGACAUUACAAAGGAUGAAUUUAUACAAGUCAUGUCAAAAUGUGGUAUCAUUAUGCGAGAUCCUCAGACAGAGGAACACAAAAUCAAACUUUAUAAAGAUAAGGAAGGAAAUCUUAAAGGAGAUGGCCUCUGUUGCUAUCUAAAGAGAGAAUCAGUUCAACUUGCAUUGAGACUUCUGGAUGAGGCAGAAAUUAGAGGCUAUAAAUUGCAUGUUGAAGUUGCAAAGUUUCAGCUGAAGGGGGAGUAUGAUGCAAGCAAAAAGAAGAAGAAAUGUAAAGACUACAAGAAGAAGUUGUCCCAACAGCAGAAAAACUGAAGAGAGCCGCAACAAUAUCUUCUUACUGUUGCUUCAUUUCAUUAGACAGCUGGAUUGGAGGCCGGAGAAGAAAGAUGGUGCAAGUCGAAUGCGACAUGAGCGCAUCAUCAUUAUCAGGAAUAUGUUUCACCCAAAGGACUUUGAGGAGGAUCCCUUAGUGCUAAAUGAGAUCAGAGAAGAUCUACGAACAGAGUGUGAAAAGUUUGGACAAGUAAAGAAGGUUCUCAUAUUUGAUCGACACCCUGAUGGUGUGGCUUCUGUGUCAUUUAAAGAAGCAACAGAAGCUGAUCUGUGCAAACUAACCCUAAAUGGAAGGUGGUUUGGUGGCCGUCAGCUCAGUGCUGAAACGUGGGAUGGUGUAACAGAUUAUCAGGUGGAGGAGACUGCGAGAGAAAGGGAAGAAAGGCUCAAGGUGUGGGGAUCGUUUUUAGAGGAUCCUGAUGCAAAGGAGCAGAAAGAUGCAUCUGAUUCAGAUUCUGCAGCAAGUAGUGUUAAACUGCCUGAGGGCAGACAACCUUCAAAAAUUAAUGACGCAUCUAAAGAGGAUGUAAAUGAAGCCCGUAAGAGAGAGAAUAAUGGUGAGGGCAUUAAUGAAGAUGGUGCUCCAUCUACAGACAGCAGUCUUGCAGGCAGCGAUGAUGAAACAGAUACAUAACACCUUUAUUGCUUUAUGAAAGCAUGAUUUUUAGGGUGAUGUUUGAGUUUAUCCCUUGCUUCAGGGUGACUACAGACAAUGUUCAUAUUCAUAUAUGCAUAUUAGGAUGUCAUCAGCUGUGUGCUUUAAAUUUUUCAUUAAAAGCAGUAUUUAAUGAGUCUCUAAAAGUUUGCAUUAAUUGGCUGUUCAGGUAAAGUAAUUCAAGUUUCCAAGAAUGCGUCAAAACUGAUCAGGCUUCUUUUGUUCCAUCUUUGCUGUCAGUGUUUCAUUAUGUGAGUGUGAAAUAUGUUCAAACCCUUAAGUUUAUGUAACUAUAUGAAACUUGAGUAAUGCAAAGCUAUUACAAGAUUUGUGGGUUUUACUGUUAAUUUUCCCUGUACUCUUUGGAACUUGGUGUCUUACUCUUAAGAGCUACUGUUGUCCUGAGCACUUUGGAUUGUUUUACAGAACAAAUGCUGUGAUACGUGUAGGGUUAAUGCAUUGGAAAUGUUGUUACACCUAACAUAACAAAUGAUGGAGUAGUACAAAGUUGCACGCUUCAUGGAUGUGAAAAGCAAAUGAGGUUGCCAUAGCCGACGUUAAAAGCAAACUGAGUGAAGAAAGAUUAACUCACAACAUGAAGUAUAUCAGUCUCUUUCCAUUCUGCUUAGAUCUUCUGUGGAUGCAAAGAGGCUGGAAUUACGACAAGGGGACUAGAAAUUAAUGAGCGCACACAUUCUAGGCUAUAACGUAAAGAAGACAUUUUAAAUUCUCCUGGUUUUGUAUGCUGUGGGCAUGCAGAAUGGGCUUUUGAGUUAAGUGUUUGCUUUGUUUUGUUUUUGCCUUAAUAUUAGAGUAAGGGUUUUCAUUUAAUUUUGUUAGGAUGAUGAGUAUGAGUUCUUUUUGAUACAAUUUUUUGGUUUAGUCUUACAUGCUUUUCAUGCAUGGGACCUCUCAUAUUUCAUAAAUUUAGAGGAUUUUGACAACUUGAUCUCCAAAUUUGAUGUGUAAAUGUUAGAACAGUGGAGAACAGGCUUUCAAAGGAUACUACUCUUUUAUAUGGAAGAGGCCGGUACUAAACAUAAAAUGCUAGCCCCGUUCUUAGAAAUAUUUCCAAAAGCAAGGAUUUAGGAGACCUUUUGGCUUAGGUACAUUAGUAAGUAGCAGACUUUCAAAAAUAACUUGGAAGGAGCUGGUUUUUGGCAUGGUAUUCUUUAUGUAGAACCAAUUAUUUUGAUUUUUAAGGAUGUGAGAGUGCAGAUUUAGGCACUGAGCAUUUAAAAUACUGGUGCUAAUUCCAUAGCACCGUUGUUCAUAUGGAUGGCUACUAGUGCACAUUUAUAAAAUUUUUUUUAAAUUCAUAUUGGAUUGUGAGAAAUUGCGGAUGCUAGUUCUUAUAUCUAUUUCCAUCUUGAAGAAUACUCUGAAAAUUUAUUUUUCAAACUUUGUGGUCCGACGUUACCAUUUAUAUUUUUCCAGAAGUCUAUAGGGUAGAUAAUUUCUGUUAUAAAUAACUGAGAUGUAUGGAUAGGUUAUGGCAACAAAAGCAUCCAAGUUAAUACUUGCAUUGUGGUUAUAAAUGAUACCUGUUCCUGACAAAAUAUGUGGUCUUAUAACAGAGAAGAUAGUUGAAUUCAGGGUUUAAAAGUUUAAUAUAAACUGGCAUGACAGAUUUUUAUUCACUUGUAUAGUAAAGGAGAGCUGUAGCUCUUGCCAUCUAAGAAAGACCGUUUUCUCAUCUUUACAAGUGUGUGAAUUGUACAUUUAAGCAAAACAAAUGUUUGAACAGUUCAGGGAAUCUGAAAUACUGGCUGGUUUGUAGCUGCACAUAGUAGCAUAUUCAGAUUCAAUCUCUGGAUUGUGUUGGUUCUACCUAAAAUACUUUUAUUGGUAGUAAGAACCACAAAUCUUUGAGGGCUUAAAGUUCUAGUAUACUAAGUGUGUAAUUUAGUGUGAUGGAUAUUGCUUUCAGUGCUCCCUUUUUCUUCCAGUUUCUAAACUCCAGGUUUUAGGUCUGUUAGACUACUGUGCUUUGUUAGCUUUUUUCUUUUUUUGAGAGCCUAAUCAUAUAUAACACUAGGCAGUUAAGUCACCUGUUUUACAUUGGUAUUGCAACUGAUAUAGGACAAUUGACAAAUGUAUAAAUAUUGUACAGUUCUAUAAAGCCUUAUCAUGGUAUCAGAUAUAAAACUAAGGUUAGUAUUAGUGUUUAAAAAAAACUUUGAAAAAUAAAGAAUCAGUAUAUGUGCAGUAACCUUCCUCUCUCCAAGUGAUGUGCAAACUUGGCUUGAUUCACAAGUCAAAUGUGAUGUUAGGCUUUUCACCUUUUCCCUUAGACUUUACGCUGAAGCAGAGCACCAACAAAAACUGAGACCAAAUGCUUUACUGGCUUUCCUACUGACUAACAGGAUUCUUAAGAAAAUAAAAGCUGUUUUCCACCAAUGUAUGUUGUUCUGAAAUGCGACAUUACACUUAGACUGGUUUUUCCUUUUGUCUACCUCUUUUAUUCUCCCAGUAAGAUUUAAAAAUAUAUUUUUAUAAACUAUCCAUUGAGGUAUUGAAGCAUUUAAUAGUUUCUGAAGAGGUUAAUGUAGGUGUGAUUUCCUUUUCGGUAGUUUUUCAUGGAGACAAUUCUUUUUAUUGAGACUGCUUUCAUUUUUAAAUGAUACAAAUUUUUAUAAAUUAGUCUGAACAUAAGUUACAGUUUCUCAUAAGUAUUAUAUUGGAUUAUGAAAAUGAAAUUCUAAUAGUGCAGAGGAGUAAUGUUUAAUAUCAAACUUUAAUCUGAAGCUGAGCAAAUUUGUAUUGCUUUCUAAACUUGUGGGGUUUUUUUUCUGGCUGAGUAUCAUCGUAAAUAGAUUAGUAAGAGGUUAAAAUCCCAAUGUGGUUUUCACUGUACUUGUUCUUAAAUGCUUUCUAAUGACUUCACUAAAGUAGUAGUCUUUAUGAAGCCGGUCCUGUAUUCUCAGGAAUCUGCCUCGCUCAUUAGAAGCGACAAAAUCAAACCUUUUGCUUAGUUCCUAACUUUCCUCAAGUUUCAAUCCAGUGUACUAUGUUCUCCUUUAUCCCUUCUGAUACUUUUUAUUUCUUUUUCCCCCUACCUUUCAGCAAGAGGGGUUCACUUCAAGAAAAGUUGUCUCCUUUUCCCAGUAUGUUAUGAAAACAUUACCCAGCAGCAAGUUGAAAGACUUGGUGGAUGAUCACUGUAGGUCAGUUUGGAACUAAAGAAAUCGUCAUUUCUAUUCGUUGUGACAAUGGAAAAAGUAUAUAAAGCCACUUAAAUAUAACAGCAGGGGAAAGAAUAUUAAGUAAUUGGUAAAGAAUAUAGACUAAUCAGUACUUCUGCGUAAUUCAGCACAGAUGAGACUUUUUUUUUUUUUUAACCACACGAUGCAAAAUCAGUUGCUUAGCUUGAAGAUACAUUGUAGUAGUAGUACAAUCACACACAGCAAACAAAGUAGUUUGCUUUACAAUCAAUGAUUUGCUGGCAAGGUGACUGCAUGGAGUUAUAAGCAUUCAUCCAAAAUUAGAUGGUUUGAGGAGCAUGGCCAAGGUGGACAUCUGGAAACAAAAAGCCCCAAAAGAACAGAUGCGUAAGUUGUAUCAGGUUCUUGAACGUUCAUAUAACAGCUGUAAAGAGAGAAUUUAAUUUCAUUUUGCAUCAAAAUGUUUAUCUGUUUCUCCUGCUGACUCGUAAUUACUUUAACUGAAUUUCAGUCCCUCAUGCGACUUUCACCAUGUAUAAGGAUUGCAAUUCACUUAAAAUCAUUAGUAUGUUAAAUGCAGUGCAUUUUAGCUAAAACGUGUCCUAGACGUCAUUCAGUUAAGGCUAAACUAAAUACUCAAGAUUGUAAAUAGAUUAAUUUACUUAAGAAAACUUUAAAGUAUUGGAUGCUUCAUAGAAACCCAAACUUGCCUUUAAAUUUUCUAACAAAAUCAGUAUCCACACUCUGAAUUCUUAAGCUGUAUAACUUAACUGAAUUCUAAAAAACAGGCAUAUACCUGUAGAUUUUAAUUGGGUUUUAAAUUUUUAUUUCUGAAUUUGAGGAAACAUACUGCAGUAUGAUAAAUGAAUUAUGUAAGUUGUGUACUUGUGUUGAUUUGACUUGUGUGUAUUUUAGUGCUCAUUACACAGGGCUUGAAGUCUUACUGUGAAGAAACACUGAAAGUUCUGUAAAAUAUUUAUAGAAGUAUGAAAUCUUUUGCAGCAAAUUGUUUUUUGUUCAUUAUGUAAUAUCAAAGUAUAUUGUUAGAUUAAACUUUUCAGUAAGUUGA